AUGGUCAAGUCAGAAACUCUCGCUGCUGCCGCGGCUUCAUUGCUGCUCAUGCCCGCUGCCAAUGCCAUCUACACCAAGCAAUCACCUGUGCUGCAGGUCGACCACCGGACAUAUCCCGAUCUGAUCGCCAAAUCGAACCAUACCUCCAUCGUCGAAUUCUACGCUCCAUGGUGUGGCCAUUGCCAAAACCUCAAGCCGGCAUAUGAAAAAGCAGCCAAGUCACUCACUGGUCUGGCCAAGGUAGCAGCCAUCGACUGCAACGAGGAGGACAACAAGCCGUUCUGCGGCUCCAUGGGUGUUCAAGGCUUCCCAACGUUGAAGAUCGUUCGACCAGGCAAGAAGGCUGGCAAGCCAACUGUGGAAGACUACCAAGGAGCAAGGACAGCGAAGGGUAUCGUCGACGCGGUGCUCGACAAGGUCCCGAAUCACGUCAAGAGGUUGAAAGACGCAGACUACGCAGCUUGGGUGGCAGAAGAUGGACCGAAGGCGAUCUUGUUCACGGAUAAGGGAACUGUCAGCGCUCUGCUCAAGGCAGUUGCGAUUGAUUUCCUCGGCGUGUUGAAUGUCGGUCAAAUCCGUAACAAGGAGACUGAAGCAGUCGAGGCAUUUGGUGUUGAGGAGUUUCCCACUUUGGUCCUUCUCCCUGGAGGCGGCAAAGAGCCCAUUACCUACGAUGGCGAGCUGAAGAAGGACGCGAUUAUGAAGUUCCUGUCGCAAGCUGCCUCUCCAAACCCUGACCCUGCGCCUAAGCAAAAGAAGGAGAAGACAUCCAAGACCGACAAGACCAAGGCAUCGAGUGCAUCUUCCAAGUUGGCGAAAUCGUCGGCUUCCCAGGCAUCCGAGCAGGCUGAGACAGACCCUGCUGGAACCAAGACGGACGAGACGAUCAUCGAUGACCCAACCUACUCGCCGAACCCUCAGAUCCACGCAAAGAAGCCAGCCAAGGUUGGUGAAGCUGGUAUUGAAUCAGCUAAGCCCAUCAAGUCUCUUUUGGACGGUCUUUCACUGCAGCAGAAGUGCCUCAACACUAAGGCAGGUACCUGCAUUCUCGCACUCCUCCCAGAGGAAGAUGUCCCAUCUGCAAAGACACUCCAAGCCAUCAUGACAUUGAGCGAGCUUCACUACAAACACGAGACUGGUGGCCGCAACCUCUUCCCAUUCUACCAACUCCCGCACAGCAACUCGCAGGCUGCCGCACUUCGCACCAAGCUUGAACUUUCACCCUCUGACGUCGAGGUCAUAGCCAUUAACGGCAAGCGGUCGUGGUGGAGGUACUUCUCGUCGCUGGAGUUCACGAUGAAGAAUGUCGAAGACUGGGUGGAUGCCAUCCGCAUGGGCGACUCGAAGAAACUGGACGUGCCUCAGGGUCUCAUCGCUGAUGCUGCCUCUCUACCACAAGAGCCUGUCGAACUGGAUGAGGAGUUGCCACCACCGAAAGCCAGCAAAGCAGCAGAGACUGGCCCAGAGCUUGAGCGUCUCAAGGAGCAGAUGAAGGGUACUAUGCCCGAGGGCAUGGACUUUGAGAUUGAGGAGAUCGACGAUGAUGAGUAUGAGCGUAUCAUGGCCCAAGGCAAGGAAGAGAAGCCCGUCGACCACGACGAGCUGUAA